CUCUUUCAACAUUUACCACCCGUGCUAAUCAGCAAGAUGUUCGGCAUUCGUGAGGAAGACUUUGAGAAUUCCAUUAAUUACGCGCUGUUACGUAAAGACAUUGGCAACAUCCGACAAGGAGGAAAAAUCAAAAUCGUUGACGAAAUGCUAACCCGGGAGGAGUCACUUCGCGAGAAAGAGCGUGCCAUCCGGGCUACUCUAAACUCUUCAGAUGGUAACACGGCAGAAAUUCAUGACCAGUUUUACAGGGACCAUAAACUGCUGCUCGUUCUGUUUCGGAUGCUGGCUGUUAUGCCGAUUUUGAGAUCUUCUCCGGGAAGGAUCACUUUCAAGUGGAGUUCAUGGGCCACCAUCUACGCGAUAUUCUUCUACGUUUUGGCUACGUUCCUUGUGCUUGUCGUGGGUUAUGAACGAGUCAAAAUUUUGCAUACUACCAGAGUGUUUGAUGAAUAUAUUUACGCCAUUAUUUUUGUACUGUUUCUUGUACCGCAUUUUUGGAUCCCAUUUGCCGGAUGGGGAAUCGCUGGUGAAGUGGCGGUUUAUAAAACGAUGUGGGGUGCUUUUCAAGUUCGAUUCUACCGUGUCACAGGUACAUCACUCCAAUUUCCCAAACUGAAAGUCUUGAUAGUAAUCAUUUCCAUCGGAUGCUUACUUUGUGCUGUUUUUUUUCUCCUAACGCUGUGCUUUCUCCUCGAAGGUUUCCCUCUCUGGCACACGAGUGCAUAUUAUCACAUCAUAACCAUGAUUAACAUGAAUUGCGCCCUGUGGUACAUCAACUCGAGAGCCAUCAGGGAUGCGUCGAGAGGCCUAUCAAGGAACUUCUACAGGGAUGUGAAAAUUGAAUGCACAGCAACCCUCAUUUCGAGCUAUCGAUUUUUAUGGCUCAAUCUCAGUGAACUACUUCAGGCACUGGGAAGUGCCUACGCAAGAACCUACUCAUCCUAUUGUUUGUUCAUCUUCAUGAACAUCACCAUCGCCAUUUAUGGAGCCAUUUCGGAAAUAGUGGAUCAUCCUUUGGAUGUGAAUUUCAAAGAGAUAGGCCUCAUUGUUGACUUCCUCUAUUGUUGCGGGUUGCUUUUGAUAUUCUGUGACUGCUCGCACAAUGCGACUUUGGAAGUGGCUAAAGGAAUACAGGAAACUCUAUUGACCAUAGAUACGUCAAAAGUUGACGAACUAACUCAAAAGGAAGUGGAUUUGUUCAUUCAGGCGAUAUUAAUGAACCCGGCCAUUGUGAGCUUGAAAGGAUAUGCGAAUGUUAACCGCGAGCUUCUCACUUCGUCAAUCACAACGAUAACGAUUUAUUUAAUUGUGUUGUUGCAAUUCAAGUUCUCUCUAACCCAUAUAAGUGCCAAGAAGAAUUGACGGUUGACUUCGUUUCAGAUUUUAUCCUUUUGAUCAAUAAUCUUUAUAAAUUUAAAACAUUAUUCCUUAAAACAAAGUAAUAUGGAUCUGGAUAGAAGCACUUAAGAAUAAAAUAUUGCUACCUAGCA